AUGGACAAAUUCAAAGACUUAACCGAGAGAUUUGCUUAUAAAGAAGAUGACCAGAUUGUAAAAACACCUACAAAGAGAGCCAGCUCAAGAAAAGCUGCAACUAAAAGCGUUGCUACCAAUCAUAAAGUGACCAAAUCGACAACUAGUUACAAGUAUCACAAGUCAGAGCUUUUGUAUCAACAUCUUGAGCCACUUCCAGAUUUGUUGGACUAUAAUUUGAAACUUGUGUUUUGUGGAUUCAAUCCAGGUAUCAAAUCAGCUGAAGUUGGUCAUAGAUAUGCCCAUCGCUCCAAUGAUUUUUGGAAAUUUAUUUACGAAUCUGGGAUUGUUGAUGAAAAAUUGGUUCCUCAAGAAGAUGAAACAAUGAGAGAAAGAUUUGGUAUUGGUUUCACUGAAUUAGUCAUGAGGCCUACAAAGGGUAUCGAAGAGAUUCCGGCUAUAGAAAUGCAACAAAAUGUUCCAAGAUUGAUCGAAACUAUCAAUAAGUAUCAACCAAAGGUUCUAUGUCUAGUUGGGCGAGGUAUUUGGGAUAGUAUUGUGAAGCAUUCUAAUUUCAAGCAGCAGAAAUUCAUCUGGGGUCUACAAGAUCAAAAUUUGUUUCAAUGUGAAUGCUUUGUUGUGCCCUCAACUUCUGGACUUGUUAGGAUUCCAAGGGAUCAAAAAUUAAAACUUUGGAAAGAGUUGAAAAGUAUAGUCUAUGAACAAUAA